CCUGGGACGGGAACGAAUAGCAGCCUACCCUGAAUAAAGACAAUGUUGCAGCUGAGUUAUGUUCUGGUUUAUUGCGCAUUGCUGGCACCAUAUUAUGCAUACUCUCAAUCAGAAUCAGAGGUGUUCAAACCUGGACCAUGUCCAAAACUGCCACAUCCAUUACCGAAAGCCACCCUUAAGGACAAAAUAUUUAUGGUGGGAAUUUUCACAAACGGGAAAUCCUUGAGGGGGAGCCCCAAUUUAACGCCGUGUAAGCUCAUUGAUUUCCGAAAUCCUGAGGGCUACACAUUAAUUGGGACGGAUAAUAAGAGCUAUUUCCUGUUCUAUGUAUGUACGGAAAAUAAUGUCGAUGGCAAAAAGUUUAAUUUUGAAAUCGCAACUGCAUUCGUUGUACCAAAGGGGCCCGAUCCAGGUACUGACAAAAGGAUCAGAGAAGCCUUAGAUAAAAAUAAGCUAGGCUUAAAAGAAUGGUUCCCCUUUUGUAAAGUCUAAUAUUUAUAACUGCAUUACCAAAGAAACUAAAAAUGUAAAAGAGGAAGUUUCAGAUAUGUAAGGCAACUGGAGUUAAGACUUCCUUAAUUCUAUUAAAUACAAACAAUUUUAUUGAAUUCAAUUGGCAAACAAAAA